AUGAUAAAUGAUAAAAAUGACGUACCUGUUAAUGAAAAAUUUGGUAGGAGAAUUAAAAGAAGGCCCAUAACACACCACACGAUAACCAACGGAUCACCCCCGAUACCGCCGGAAAUACCGUCCAUGUCUCCGGAACGACGAAAUUCGUAUUUAUCAAUCGCUGAAAGGAGAAAAUAUUACAAUAAAACACACGAACAUAAUAAAAAACCUAAAAUAACAGAAGUGGAAUUAGAAAAUCAAGAAACUACCAACAGAGAAGUCGUGACGUCGUCGGUUUUCGAUACGUUGCAAACGAAUGAAAUUCCAGUGAGUAAAAAACCGACAGAAAAAAAAGAUGUUUCGAAUCGAGUUUUAUCAAAUCAAGGAAACAAUCCGAAAAUAUUAUUAAAUUUUCAAAAUACCGUAAAACCUAAAAAAUUUCAAAACACGAGACAAUCCGUUAUACAAUCCCAAUUUGAAUUCGGACAAAAAUUAAAUUUAAAAAAAUCAUCGGAUCAUCAGAGAAAUUUCGAUAACGUGGGUGAAAGAUUAAGAAGAAAUCGUGAAAAAAAUAAAAAUGAAUCAAUCGUGGAAACAACAACAACAAUAAUAACAACCGAUGUUAGUGGUAAUGAAAAUUACACAACGGAAUCAAUAAAACUUUUAAAUGUAAAUAAAACCGUUUCGGAAACAACCCUCGGGCUUCAAGUUCAAAACAAUACCAAUAAUCAUUUAUCGGAUUAUAAAAACGAAACUAAUUUUGAAGAAUUCGAAAGAUAUAAAGAGUCGGUGAACGACACGAAAAAUUCUAAUACCACGAUUGAUAAUCAAGUAUCUGAAAAUAAUAACAAAGAAAAAUAUUUAAGGAUUCCAAUAUUUAACUUAUCUCCAUUGCCUUUGAAUUUCGAUAAUAAUUCAUCGGACAAGAGAAAAAUUGAAAAAGUCGAACAAGAUGAAGAUAAACAAUUAGCGAGCACAAUUAAAAACGUUUACAAUCAAGAAAUUCUUCGUUUGAAUUCUACAAGAAAAUCAAUCAAAGUUCCUCUCGGUGUUUUAAAAUCUUUCAAUAGAAAUUAUCUAAAUAACGCAACAAAAGUGACAGGUUCAAUAAAUCAGAGAACAAUUAAUAUUUCAAUGUCGUCUGAUUCCACGGGAAAUAAUAAUAAUAAUAAUAAUUACGAAUCUUUAAAUUCCAAGGCUUCGGAUACAAUACAAUCGAUGGGAAAUCCAAUAAAUGUUACAAUAAAAUCAAAAACCGAUGAUGAUGAUGAUACAAUUGCUAAAAUAACUCAAAUUUCGACACAAUCUGUUAAAACUACCGAACCCACCAAUGAAAAUCCAACAAUAAAACCUUUUAUUAACGAAUCUCACGAUUUUUCAACUGUGACCGCUGUUGCGAAACACGAUAAUAUUGUUUAUUUUAAAAAAGCAACCGGUUAUACAUCAACAACAACAACAACAACAAUAACGCCACCGGCAUCACCACCACCACCACCAACAACCGCACUCAAUACUUCAACAACAAAUGAACAAAACCCGCCAAAAUAUCCAAUGACCAUAGAGUUAAAUGAAAACAAUAAAAGAUUUUUAAACGAAGUAUUCAACGUAUUAAAAACCACAGAGACAACAAAAUUGGAAAAAUCAACGACCGACAGGUAA